AUGAUCCUGAUUGGACAAGGUAGACGGUUCGAUACGUACACGUUGGACACCAGUGAUGACCGAAUAUGGAAGCGCGCUGCGGAUCCGUCUAACACAGAGAUUUCUGCUGAUGAAGUGCUCACAAACCAGCCAUUUGAUGUGCAGAAUGCGAUUCAGGAAUACCAGAACACUGGUGGUGUGAUUCAACCGCCAAGAAAACCCAAAAUUUUUAAAAGCCCUGAAACGCUGAGAGCUUAUUUAAACAAGUUGAAUGAAUACUUUAUCACCAUCGGACGACCUAGUUUGCUCAUUGUGCUCACUGUGAGUAUAUUGGCUGAGGACCGCGGGGGCCGAAUUAGACUUGGUGGUCGACGAGAUGCGUGA